CUACAGUACUGGUCGUAAAUGAGAAACCCUUUUAAAGUUUUGAUUAUUUCGCUGCUCAACUUCCAUUAAACAAAUUAGAGAAGCUAAAAUCUAGAAACUAACAAAAAGAGAACGGAAGGUUGAAGAAAGAACCUUGAGUAAGGAGACGAUUAACAGCUUCAUCAGGAUCCAUAUCGCACUCAACAAGCAUCGCAUAGAUCUCUAAGUCAGAACAGUUGACAAUCUCCUUCAAACUCUGGACAACCUUCCUCGACGACGCCGAAACACCUGCGUUUGCGUUAGUAACGCCGCCGCCACCAACUCGACCGCCCAUUAUUUCUCUCUCUCUCUCCGGAUUACCGGAAAACCAAAUCAGAUCUGAAGCUGAAUGUGAGUAUCAGGUUUGUGGUGGCUAAUGAAUUUCAAAUCGGAUAUGUUGAAUUUCAAAUCGGAGAUGUUGACGUUGUUAGAUAUAUAAGAGAUUUUGGAUUUAGGAUCAAAUUACUCAGAGAUUCAAGACAAUGAGGCUAAAAAUUUGUCAGAAAAAGCGUUUGCAUUCAGAGCUUCCAAGAAAGAAGAAAGUGAAGAACAUUCGAGAAGCACCAGUUUCUUCAUCAGACAACUCAUGUUUUCUGCCUCUUGUCACAGCUUCGAGUCUAUGCACAGAUACACUGUAUCUUCCACUACAUUUCACAAGCUUAAAUGGUUUUACAAGAAAAUACUGCAAGAUUCUUGAGGGAGAAUGGUAUUAAGCCUGGAGAGAUGUGACACUCAAAAAGCGUCGUAUAUAUGCAACCGUUUAAUACCAGUAAAAGGUGUUGUAAUUAACAGACCAAAUAGCGACGAUUUUGUGACAUACUAAUGUUCUCGUAUAAUAGAGACGGUAUUGUUACGUGCAUA